GCCCGGGAGGAUAUCCUGGGGAGCCGGGGGAAUUUCCUGGAAGCCCGGGAGGAUAUCCUGGGAGGCCGGGGAAAUUUCCUGGGGGCCCGGGAGGAUUUCCUAUGAGCCCGGGAAAUGUUCCCGAGGGCCGAGGAGGAUAUCCUGGGGGACCGGGAGGGGUUUCUGGGGGCCCGGACGGAUUUGCUAAGGGCCCAGGAAGAGUUCCUGGGGGACCGGGGGAAUUCCCUGCGGGAACGGGAGGAUAUCCUGAGGGCCUGAGACAAGGAGCAUACUCUGGAGGCCCAGGAGGAUUUCCUAAAGGCCCGGGAGGAUUUCCUGGGGGGCCGGGAGGACAUCCUGGUGGGCCGGAGGGAUUUCCUGGGAGCCCGGGAGGAUUUCCUACAAGCCCGGGAAAAAAUCCUGAGGGCCUGGAAGGAUAUCCUGGGGGCCCUAGAGCAUAUCCUAAGGGCCCAGGAUCAUAUCUCAGAAGCCCAGGAGCGGUACCUGGAGGUGAACGUGGGGACUAUGAAGCAAAUCCUAAGAGCCCAGGACCAAUUCCCAAGCAUAGAAACUUACCGCCUUUAGACAUUUGGUACGAUAUAAAAAAGGGCAUUCAUUUACCCUUGCCUCCACCAACGCGACUGUUGUGGAGUCGGCGACAAUACAACGCAAUGCCUCCAAUGUACUUCAAAGAUCGAGAACAAAGACCAAAUGAAUAUCGAGAAGACAUACCGACGGGUCGAGACGACCGUUAUCUAACACCUGAACAGAGGUCGCAAGAAUCUCCUGAUUACAAUAAUAAUAUGGAUCCCGAAUUUUUGCAAUCGCUUCAGAGUAAUUCUUUUGACAAACCAAGAAUCGCAUUUGACGAGAACGUUAACGAAGCUAAUAUUCCAAUUGGUAAUGCCAGAAUACCGGGCCCAGGUUCUGAAGCUGACUUUCCGAAUGGCUAUCGACCAAACUACCGUGACAAUUCGCGAGGUUCUCCUGGGUUUUACAGUAUGCCCCAGUCUUAUAGCGGCGGUUAUCCAGAGGCUAAAAAAAAUCAAUUUACAAAGAGUCCACCCAAGAGAACAAGCUACAAAAAGCCGCCUCAGCUCCCGCCUAAGAAACAAGCAGCUGAGGGCUACCCAGAUGAUUUUAAGAACGCUCUCCGAAUGGGUGGGCCACGUUUCCAAUCUGGGCCAGGUUCUGAAACAGAUUUCCCUCAAGGAUUUCAUCCGAAACUAGGUGGUGGAAACAUGGAAAUGGGGGUUCCAGUAAGUAAUGGGCUUCGUAGACCGCCAAGAAUAAUGAGUGAAUUCCAAGGUAUGGGACAGGAAGGACCACCUCCUGGAUGGCAUAGUGAGGGCCGAGCAGGCUGGAAACCUGAUAAAACUUGGGGAUCAUCACGUUUUAUUCCACCAGGAGAGCCAGCCUAUCAGCCACCAGAGGAAGUGAUACAAGCAGAGCAGUCACGUUUUACUAAACCCUUCUCCAUGCCAGGCAUUCGACAGGAGAAGAAUAAGCCAGCACUUCGCGGUGGUACAGGUGACAAAGCUAUAACUUUUCAAGGCCAGAACCCAUCGGCUGCUGAUGUAGACCAAGGCCAGGCCGGAUUUAAACCCCGUCUAAGAAAUCUACCAAACGGGUAUAGUUUGUUGCAACUUGCGAUAAAUAAAACAAUGAGUGAAGACCAAAUGCUUAGGACCGCUCCGGUGAUAGUAACAACGACAAUGUAUCCACUAACCAAAGAGGAGAGAAUAAAACUGUUACCAAAUCAUGAUGAUUUCGGAGCACCAAUACGUUGGGUGCCAUUAACUUCGCCAGCUACAAGCGAAGGUCUGGCGAAAGUCACGGAUAAAGAUACUCACAAUAAUCAACAGUAUAUUAUUGAGGGUGUACUUUACGUUCCUGUCGUCGACGAGACUGACGCUCGAUUAGGAGUGACCACAGAGAACUAUGAACUGACAACGGAGCCUCCUCUCGUUAAUCCUAAGAAUGAUUCGUCUAUCAAGAUUGUGUUAAGGUCAAUGAACCUGAACAAGAGCUCUGAAGUAGAAUGGUUGGCCUAUGAAACUGUUCUUGGAGCGAAAAGAAUCUAUCCACCACAGUGUAACACUGACUCCUGCCAAGCCAGGUGCAAUACGCCCAAAUGUGAUUGUAAGUGCAAAGGAGAUAUGUGCGCAUCUGGGUGUGUGGGAGUCGGUUGCAAUGCUGUAUGUACUGAAGCUGGAUGUUUUGCUAUGUGCAUCGGCGAGAAAUGUACUGCAAAGUGUGAAGGCAUGAACUGUGAGUCCCGGUGUUGGGGUAAAGGAUGUGAUGCCACAUGUAAACUCCUAUCCUGUUCCUACACUGUCAAUGGAGAGACUCACACAACAAAUGUGACGUUUGACCAAUUAUAUCCAAACUAUGACAACAAGCCUCAGAACGAUCUUCGUCAAGGCGGAUAUAUGGGGCAACCAGAUUACGGCAAUGUGAAUCCGAAAGGCGAUGACUAUUAUUAACUUAACUAAAAAACUAAGGAACGAAAUGCGAUGUCUCCCAAUUUUUCAUUAAACGUUUUUU